UGAUGGACGAUGGCAAAAUCUAUCGAUGUGAUCUCGUCAUCGAAAAUCCAUUUGUUAGUCUGUUUGUACACAAUGCAACGCCCUUCAUAAGAAUACUGGGCCUCCCCCGCACUGGGAUCUCUUUCUCCUUCUCGUAUACCUUUCUUCUGGGUUCACAACUCGAACCAUCUUGCCAGCAUCCAUUGAAAUCCCAAAGAUGGGUUCAACACAGAAGAGACCCAAUUUUCUCGUUAUUGUCGCCGAUGACCUCGGUUUCAGCGACCUCGGCGCAUAUGGAUCUGAGAUCGCAACGCCUAAUCUCGACAAACUGGCAGCACAAGGAGUGCGCUUCUCCAACUUCCAUACCGCUUCAGCAUGCUCUCCGACCCGGUCCAUGCUUUUCUCGGGUACCGAUAACCAUAUCGCCGGAUUGGGACAAAUGAUGGAGCAUAUGGCCCAGCACGGAGACUACUUCAAGGAUAAACCAGGUUACGAGGGGUAUCUGAACUGGAGAGUGGCGGCGUUGUCCGAGAUUCUGCAAGAUGCAGGCUAUUUGAAUAUCAUGUCUGGAAAAUGGCAUCUUGGCUUGACAAAAGAACUCGCUCCUUGUUCGCGAGGGUUUGACAAGGUUUUUUCAUUUCUUCCUGGCUCGGGGAAUCACCACGCGUAUGAGCCGCAGUUGGACAGUGACGAGUUCUACAUUCCAUGCCUUAAUACAGAGGGCCAUUGGAUGGAUGGAGACAAAUACAUUAACCAUAAAACGGAUCUUCCCUCGGAUUUCUUCUCAACCGCGUCAUUUACCGAUCGUCUUAUCAAUUUUUGGGAAGACCGUACAGUAGAGGAGAAACAGCAGCCGUUUUUCUCGUACCUAGCCUUCACUGCGCCGCAUUGGCCACUGCAGGCCUCGCGAGAUAAGAUCAAGAAGUAUACCGGUAAAUACGAUGCUGGUCCCGAUGCGCUUACUCAAUCUCGCCUGAAGAAUCUGAAGAAGCUUGGAAUUGUCCCUCCAAAUGCAGAGGCCGCUCCGCCAUGCGGUUCCCUGGGCAAAAGCUGGGAUGAGAUGGGCAACGAGGAACGAAAGAAAUCCGCAAGAGCAAUGGAAAUUUUUGCAGCCAUGGUUGAGACCAUCGACGAUAAUGUCGGCCGCGUCCUUGACUAUUUGACAUCAACAGGAGAACUAGACAACACCUUUGUACUAUUCAUGUCCGACAACGGAGCAGAGGGCGCUGCACUCGAAGCUCUCCCAAUGAUGGGAGGCGAAGACACCCUAGGAUCCAUCAUCGAAAAGUACUACGACAACAGCCUUGAAAACAUGGGCAACAAGGACUCCUUCAUCUGGUACGGUCCCCAAUGGGCCUGCGCAGCAAGCGCACCCUUACGAGGCUUUAAAUGCUGGAUCACAGAGGGCGGAAUCCGCUGCCCCUGUAUCGUCCGCUACCCCAACUUCAACAUUAAAAAUGAAACCAUAACCCAUUCAUUCGGAACGGUCAUGGACAUUCUACCAACAAUUCUCGAGCUCGCUGGGGUCCCACACCCAGGGACUCGAUUCCGGGGCCGCGAUGUAGUUCUCCCUCGCGGUAAAUCGUGGGUUACGCACCUAGCGUCUCAGAAUCUAGAAAAUACAUCAAUCCACGGCGAGGAUAUCCACAUCCACGGCUGGGAACUGUUCGGGUGCCGCGCCAUCCGCGAAGGGCCCUGGAAGGCAAUCUGGAUGAACAAGCCCCGAGGUAAAGACGACUGGGAACUAUACAAUCUACACGAGGAUCCAAGUGAGGUCAACGAUCUCUCCGACGCAGAGCCCGAGAUUCUGAAACGGCUGAUUCGACAUUGGGAGCGAUAUUAUGCGGAGACGGGGAUGGUGCAGACGCCUGUUUUUGCGGUGACGAAGGCGUAAAAAUUUUUUUUUUUUCUCUCUUAUUAUACUUUGG